UUGACCAUGGUGUUUUUUAUUUUGUUCUCAUGCUAACAGUUGUGAAUCUGAUGGCAUGGCGUUAAUCACCCUGUGGAGAAACUUGUGUCAUGUAUCUGAUUUUUGGGUACCUGGAUCUGUGGCUGCUUUGAAAAUUCACCCUGCCAAUAAUCACGUCCAGAAAAUAGUCAAAGGUCGUCUCAGUGUUUGGUUCUGUUCCCUACAACCCGAGCUGUUUGGGGUCAGAUCCCAUCAUUCCUACUGUAAACGUUUCCGCUCAGAAAAUGGCAAUGACCUUCACCCAGUUGCUGAGCCCUGGUUCUCCAGAGAACAGGAAUGGAACCGGCCGGAAUGUAGUCUUAAGAACAAGGAUGAAGAGAUGCUUUCUAGGAGACUAAACAGCUGCAUCUCCCCAGAAGAAGUGCUGAGUUUCAUAAGCACCCUGGACACUGUGCCGGUCACUGUGGCGUCAGCAGCCUUGCACAGGGUUUGUGAGGUGGGGAAGAGACACGAUGAGCAAAGGCUGCCAAAAGGAAUCCUGGAGAACAGCGCCUUCCAAGAUUUAUGCUGUCAGUGUGAGCGGGAUCCCUCACACCUGACCAGUGCUGGCUUGGUAUCUGCUUUGCAGGCUCUGCCCGUGGAUCCUCAAAGUACCCUGAUACUGAGCCUCGUGGCGGAAUGCCAGCGGCGUCUCCGGAGAGGCGACUUGGAAGCCCACCAUCUCUGUAUGCUUGGGGAGAGCCUGGUUAGACUUCAAGGCUCAGGUUGUGAGGCACUGGGACUGGUCCUUUGUCAACUGCAGCGUGAAAAUUUGGAAACGUUUUCCACAGAGGAUAUUGUGGCCAUGUAUAGAAUUCUGCAGGCGUGUCCUGGAAAAGUGGACAAACACCAGACAUUUCUAAACACACUAAACAACUUUUCCCUCUCAAUAGUUUCCUGCCUGAGUCCUAAAUCUGUGAGCCAUGUGCUCACCGCCUUAGUGGCUCUUGACCAGACUCACGCUCUUCCCCUGGUUAUAAAGUUGGGCAAGUACGUUGUGAGAUACAUUCCUCGUUUUACUAAUGAAGAGCUCAGGAAGGUCUUGGAGGCGUUUCUUUACUUUGGACACAGUGACAGGUUUCUCAUGGAGGCAUUAGAACAGCAUGUAGCUGCCCUGUACCUCUCCCUGGACCCCGAGGUCACCAGCACCGUGAUGGAGUACUGCAGUAGAAAGCGCAUUCUUUCCAAGCCCAUCCUCGAUGCAGUUGCCGAGACUUUUGUUUGCCAGUCAGAAAAAUUCUCACCUAGUCAGAUUUCUGAAUUAAUCGAACCCUUUGGAAAGCUAAAUUAUUUGCCACCAAAUGCCCCUGCUUUAUUUAGGAAGCUAGAAAGCGUGCUGGUCACUCGUUUCCGUCAUUUUCCGCCAAAAAUGCUACUGAGGCUCCUACAUUCAUGUUCGCUGAUUGAACGCCAUCCGGUCAACUUUAUGUCAAAAAUAUUCAGCCCUUUUUUUCUUCAACGGCUGCAAGGUAAAGAGUCAUAUUUGGACAGAGUGAGCCUGGCACAACUUACCCAGCUUUUCAUGACCUCAGUCCUAGAGUGUGCUUUCUAUAAGGGCCCUAGACUCCUUCCUCAGUACCACGUGAAAUCGUUCUUUACACCAUGCUGCUCCAUAGAGACCCCUUUGGAUCUCCAUCUUUACAAGUCUGUGGUGAUUGGACUGAUUGAUCUUCUAGGAUCAAGAUUGUAUUUUGCAUCGAAAGUGUUGACACCCUAUUGUUACACCAUAGAUGUUGAAAUUAAAUUAGACGAAGAUGGAUUUGUAUUGCCAUUCACAGUGGAUGAGGAUGUCCAUAAAAGGGUGGCGCUGUGCAUUGACGGGCCUCAACGGUUCUGCGCUGACAGUAAACACCUGCUGGGGAAAGAGGCCAUUAAACAAAGACACCUGCGCUUGCUGGGCUACCAGGUUGUUCAGGUCCCCUACCAUGAGCUGGAGCUGCUUACCUCAAGACUUGAGUUGGUUGAAUAUUUACAAAGAAAACUAUUUCCUCAAAACUCUCCUGUCCAUUGGUAACAAAGGAAACCGGCUUCAGGAUUCAGAGUGAAAAACAAGACUGAUGAAUCUACGAAUCAGCUACUCUAUGGAAAUGAGUUUACAGACUUGGGAUCUGAAAAGGGUCUGUGCUGUUCUAUACCAUGUAUACGUAUACUGAUGAUAAAGUACUAUUUAUAUGUGCAUUAGUGGUAAAUUUUAAAAAAUUGACCUAACACCGAUGUCAUGGAUGUCUUGACUGCGUCAAGCAGGGACAUUCAAAUAUAAUAAAGCAGUGUAAUGAGUAACAGUUAA